CGGGUAUGUUUUUGCGUGCUCUGUUCAUGCUUGAAGUCUCGCGGUACAUUCUGCUAGUGUAAUCCUGGGCCGCGGCCGUGUUCUGAACGGAGCUCUGGUGUGAGGGGGAUACCGCGGGGGUACACAGAUGUACCGCAUUGCAUACCUACAAUCCUACAGCUGUUACUGCUAAGGCUUGUUUCAUCCAAGGUUAUAAAGGGCAGAUUUGUGCUUUUUGAAAAAUGUCUAAAAACAAAUCCAAAUCAAGGUCCGGGUCAUCCCGCUCUGCUUCUCGAUCAAGAUCCCGUUCAUUCUCGAAAUCACGGUCACGUUCAAGGUCUGCUUCACACUCAAGAAAACGCAGGCACAGUUCCCGAUCUCGCUCAAGAUCUUACUCACCUGGGUAUAAUAGAGAGAGAAAUUAUCCAAGAGUUUAUCAAAAUCGUGACUUCAGAGGAUAUAACAGAGGUUAUAGAAGACCAUACUAUUUCCGUAAUCGUGGAAGAGGCUUUUAUCCACGGGGUCAGAAUAAUCGUGGUGGCUAUGUAAAUUAUCGCCCUAACUGGCAGAAUUACAAUCGCCAACAAUAUAGUCCCCGUAGGGGUCGGUCUCGUUCCCGUUCCCCAAAAAGGAGAUCAAUUUCUCCUAGGUCCAGGAGCCACUCAAGAAACUCGGACAAGUCAUCCUCUGAUCACUCUAGAAGGUCUUCAUCUUCUAGGUCUUCCUCCAAUCACAGUAGAGUGGAGACUAAGCGUAAAUCAAAAAAGGAGAAGAAGAGUCAUUCAAAGGAUCAAAGAAGCUCUGUCCAGGCAACAGAUGAUGACUCUAAGGAACAGUCUGCAUCAGUAGCUGAUAAUGAAGAUGCAACAGAAGGCGGCAAAACAUGGCAGGAUAUGGAAGCGUAUGAUACAAGUCCUGUACCCCAGCACAGUCCUGAAGAACGGGCACCAACAGUUAAAAGCUCUGUGCAGUCUGUAGUGGUGAGACGCUGUUCUCCCAGGCCAAGUCCAGUGCAAAAACCCAGUCCUCCUUCUCCCUCUGUAUUACCAAGUGGUGGCACUUUAAGGUCAUCUCGCCAGAGUCCUUUUGAGCACAGCUUGAGCCCACCAAGAAAAAGUCCUAUGACAAAGAGCUCACCCACAAUGGGUUCGCUCUAUGGAAAUCAAAAAGAAGAGGGCAGAUCUGGAGAGUUGACUGCACCCAUUGGCACUGGAUAUAAAAGGUUCAUGGAAGAACAGAGAAACAAGGCAUCGGAACUAGAAAAAGAAAAUGGCCGAGACAAAAUGAAGGAUCGUAGUAGUCCUACUGAUUUUGCUAUGAGUGAAUUGGAGAGGGCUUAUAAAAAGAGCGUAUCCCCAAAGCGCUACAAGAUGAAAGACGACCUGGAAAAACUCAAGUUAGCCGAGUUGAGAUAUGCCAAGGAGGAACUUGAACAGGAAAAAAAGGGAAGAGCAAGGAAAGACUCCGAUAGCGAUUCCAAGAAUCAAGACCCAUACGAUCCUGCAAAGUGGGAAGAGCUGUCUUUCAUACCUAGCGCCAAGGAGAAACGGAAAAAAUCUAAUGAUACAGAUGAUGAGAUCUAUAUGGAAAAACCCAAGAAAGAGGAGAAGGCCUCAAAAUCUAGUCAUAAAGGAUUUCUACCUGAAAAAAAUUUCAGAGUCACAAGCUUUAAGUCUUCUAAGGAGAAAAGUGAAUCCCCACCACAGAGGAAAUCGGAGAGCAAGGAAAAGCUUUUAUCCAAAGAAGACCUGUCCUUCUCAAAAUCCAAUUUUUCAGUUAGCCGGGAAACUGGUCCUAAUAUCCGAGCGGAUUCUUUUGACGAGGAUCUGGCACGUCCAAGUGGAGUAAUGGCACAUGAACGGAAGCUGUCUCGAGAUCUCGUCCACAGCAAUAAGAAAGAUCAGGAGUUUAAGUCCAUUUUCCAGCACAUCCAGUCUGCACAGUCUCAGCGCAGUCCAUCUGAGCUGUUUGCACAACACAUUGUGACCAUUGUCCAUCACGUUAGAGAACAUCAUUUUGGUCCAACAAGUGUGACUCUGAGUGACCGCUUCUCAAGUUACCUAAAGAAAACAAAGGAGCCGGAACCUUCGAAAUCUCGGAAGAGUCCUGAAAUUCACAGGAGAAUUGACAUUUCUCCCAGUGCUUUUAGAAAACAUGGGUUUGUACACGAGGAGACAAAACACACAAAAGAAAGCAGCCACAAGGGAGAAGGCAAAUACAGAGAGGAACCUUCUGAUCUGCGGCAGGAUAUUGAGCGCCGCAAAAAACAUAAGGACAAGCGUGACCAUUCCAGGGACUCUGGAGAUUCUCGAGAUUCAAGCCGGUCCAGGGAGAGGUCACCUGAAAAACCAGAGAAGGCGAGGAAGUCCUCAAAAAAGCACAAGAAGCACAGGAAAGUGCGAGAGCGUUCUCGCUCUUCCUCCUCCUCCUCACGUUCCUCCCAUUCCAAUCGAGCACCACCAGCAACAGAAGAAUUCCCUACCGAAGGCGAUGAUAAAGAGGAGAGCGCUGCACGUUUAGGAAACAAGGAUUUCCAAGGAAGCAGUGACCGUGGACGAGCAAGGGGAACUUUUCAAUACAGGUCCAGAGGAACAAGACCUUGGGGCCGAGGUGCAUUCCCAGGAGGAAAUAACAAUAACAACAACAAUGAUUUCCAGAAACGGAGCAACCGUGAAGAGGACUGGGAUCCCGAGUACACACCCAAAAGCAAAAAGUAUUAUCUGGUGCGGUGGUAAACAAAACGCCAGUGCAUAGUGUGGAGACGCCCAUACAUUACAGUGACAAUCAGUAUCCCGACUCCGUCUUGAUCCAUUCUCAUCUCUCUGCAGCAUGAUGACCGGGAAGGGGAAAACGAGGACAAAUGGGUGAAUCGUGGGAGAGGCCGUGCCAGUUUCCCUCGAGGAAGGGGCAGAUUCUUAUUUCGAAAGCCCGGCACCAGCCCUAAGUGGUCCCAUGACAAGUUCAGCGGGGAGGAGGGAGAAAUAGAGGAAGACGAGAGUGGAGCAGAAAAGGAUGAGAAAGGCAGCAUGCAAAUGGAUUAGCCAGAUUUUCAGAUUCUAAGAUUGGACUUUUUCCUACAACCCUUUACAUAGGAUAUUGUGAACUGCUGACAUUUUUCCACUUAAACAAAUUAGUCUCUUGACAGAUACUUGAUUUUAUAUUUUCCACUCUUCAUUGAUUUUUUUUCUUUUUUUAAUUCAUAUGUUAUGUCAAUUUUGGUGAAUAAUAUAAACUUAAGGGGAUACCGUAGACCUGGACCUUGACACAUUUCCACUACCCACCCAAUAUAUGCAUACAUUUUGAACUCUUAUUAAACCUAAAUCCGAUGUUUGUGUGUAACUUCAACAUCCCAUCCGCAAAGCAAAUGUCAUGUAUAAUUUUGUUAUGUGAAUUCCUGUAAAGAAUUCGUUUUCUUUUUUUUAUCUGUUUUAAGCUUGCUUAGUAAUACAUAGUUACCACAGAGAUGGUAUCCUUUUUAGAGAAAUAUUUUGAGGCUUUUCUUUAUGUGGGAUAAUACACAUUGAAAUAAACCUUAAUGGGUACAAA